AUAUAGCCCCUAUUUAUACCCCUAGGUUCCCGCACACAGCGCAGAGAGAGCUACAGCUGCAGAGCUAAAUUGGAGUAAAUGUCAGCCUCCGGGGAGAAGGCGAUCCCUGCAGCCAUCAUGUGGGGAAGGAGACGGUGAAAGGACACACAGGGCAGGUUUCGGACCUGAGGAAGGAGAGCGAGCUGAUCGCGGCACCCUGAGAUCGCAGCCAGUGGGCAGAGCCAGGCAGCAGCUUCCCUGCAGCCAGCAAGUCUGCGCCGAAAGGCUGCAGAAGCGCAAAGUCAGCGUCACACACAGCACCUACGGAUACUGGCACGGACCAGGUGGGGAUUCGAGCUGCUGCUCUACUGAUCCAGGACCAGGUGUGACUCAGGACAAAAGAGCAAGAGCCUGCAAGAACAUUGUGGAGGGGCUUUAAGUGCAUUGUUUGCUGGACUGGAAAGAUGAUGGAGAGCACGGGAGGGCCGUAUCUGAACACUGCUGCUGUGACGUCCCCCGUGGGAAUAGCUCGUUUGCUGCAGAUAACGUUUGGCUGCACCACAUUCAGCCUGGUAGCCCACCAGGGAGGGUUCAGUGCAGCAUAUGGCACUUUCUGCAUGUUUGUCUGGACCUUCUGUUUCGCCAUCACUGUCUUCAUCAUCACCUGCGAGUUCACGCAUCUGCACAGCUGCCUGAGCAUUUCCUGGGGAAACUUCACAGCUGCAUUUGCCAUGCUCGCCACACUCAUGUCUGUCACAGCUGCAGUGAUCUACCCUCUCUACUUCGUCCAGCUCGACUGCUACCCCAUCAGCUGUGAGGUGAGAGACUUCCGCAUCGCAGCCAGCGUCUUCGCUGGCCUCCUGUUCAUCGCUUACGCCGCUGAGGUCUUCUUAACCAGGGCCAAACCAGGGCAAGUCACCAGUUACAUGGCCACUGUCUCAGGGCUCUUGAAAAUCGUGCAGGCCUUUGUGGCCUGCAUCAUCUUUGGGGCACUGGUGAACGACAGCCAGUACAGCAAGUACGUGGCCACGCAGUGGUGCGUGGCUGUCUACAGCUUUUGCUUUGUGGCUACAGUGGUGGUAGUGGCCUUCAGCGUCACAGGUAAGACUGCCCUGCCAUGGUUCCCCUUCGAGCGCUCGGUGGUCAUCUACACCUUUGGGGCAGUGCUGCUGUACGUGAGCGCGGCGGUCAUCUGGCCGGUGUUCUGCUUUGACAGCAAGUAUGGGUCCCCGCGGCGCCCCGGCCCCUGUGCCAAGGGCAAGUGCCCCUGGGACAGCCAGCUGGUGAUUGCCAUCUUCACCUAUGUGAACCUGCUGCUCUACAUUGUGGACCUGGCCUACUCCCAGCGCAUCCGCUUUGUCUCACACAUCUGAAACGCGGCGCCACUGCUGCAAAGCUGUCCCGGCGCCGGCAGCAACGGCAGCUGGGAUGCAGCAGGAGACAGGAUGUGAGGAAGGGAGGUGCUCAUCAGGCAUGUGCGCAAGAACCAUCAACCAAACCUCGAGGUCAAGGCUGACUGGAGUAGCAAAUUAAGGACUUCUAGCAGGUGGGCUGCAGCUAAUGCUGGGCAAAGCUCACCUCCCCCAUCGUUCCACAUCUCCCUCAGCUGCCUGGUGCCAGAGCAAAGACACGAUGCCGCCCAAAGUAUGCAGAAUGGCCUUUCAUCUCCAGGCAUGAGAAAUGCUGGCUGCUGCAAGAGUGGGUCUGCUGGCUACUGAAUUACUGAGCCAAAUAUUAGGAAAGACACCAAGGAUUUUGAAAUUGUUACCAAAGUUUAACUGUAAUCAAGUGACUACCCAGGAAGUGGGAAAGUUAAAAGUUGCAUCCAGGAACACCAGUGCUGGAGAUGAAAAACAAUCCUUCAGAGUUUGGGUUAGUUUGGGCUAGUCUGGGCUGUGUGGUGAGACAAGAAAUGCUUGCAAGUGUGGGAAAUUCCAGUCAGAAUGUUUCUGAGAAGAACAUCAUAGCUGCAAUAGUAUUUUGAAGAUUACCAGCCCUUUCCCUCCCUCUCCUUCACUGUUUAGCACAGAAAAAGAAUACCCUCAAGCAGGCGCCGUGGGGGGCAGCAUGGGAUAUUCCUAUUUAGCAAACACCAAGUCAUAUAGAAAUGAAAAUCUGUGAAAUUUGGGCUCUCCUGCCAAGAAAUACAGUGUAGAACAAGGAUAAACUGCUAAAUCACUGGGUGUACCUUGACAUCCUCGCUCAAACGUGAUCAGGAGGUACCUUGGCACAUGCUUUGUGUCAGCUCAUGUGCUGCUGGAGUUUUUUACUGAUGUCAGGAUUUAUUUUAAUUUUUUUUUCUGGAAGCUUAAAGAUCAGUUCUGGGAGGAGGGGGGAAGGUGAUGCAGAAUUGAAUUGAUCUCUCAAUGCUGCAUAAAAGACUAAACGAGGGCGGGGGGCCACAGACAGGAUGGGACAUGACAAAGCUUGCCUACCAUGGUAACAGAUUGGGAGCGCUGCCUCAGCCCGGAUCAGGCACUGGGAUUCCCGAGCACUUUGCGUCACCAACAAGCUGCAUUUCUCCGACCCAUCCCUGACAAAACACCCACUUUGAAGUCCCACACUGCAUAGCUCAGAUUUCAAGCUUAAUGGGAAGAAAUGUUCUUAAUUUCUGAUCCAGUGAGAAACCAAAGCAGUCUGAGUAUGUGUGCAGAAGCAUGCAGGCUAGAUAGGUUUGAUUACAAUCUGAAGUAGCUGACUGUCAGAAGCAAGAUUUAUUUAUUAACCAAAUUAAAAUAAAGCUGAAUGGCAGACUGACUACAUCUCCAGAGAUUUGUGUGCCUUCAUCUUGCUCUCCACGCAGCUUUUAUUUCACCAGAUAUAGCCCUUCUGC